UGGUUCUACCACGCGACUAACUGAGCCGCCGACGCCAGGCCUCCACGCCGCAUCCGCGUGACCGCGCCUCCGAGCUCCAUAGCCCCGGGCCGCCGGCGCCGGGCCAUCGUGAUCUCGUCCGCCUCCCAGCAUCGACCGGACCUGCCCGCAGCCCGCGCCCAGGCCAUCGCGCCGCCGACCCGAGCUUCGCCAGGCGCCUAGGCCGCUCGCCCGCCCGGCCGGCAGGACGACUGGGCGAGCUCCUCCCCGCGGAGGCGGGGACGGCGGACCCGCCCCCAGGCCGAGUCGCCGAGCUCCGUCCCGCGCGGGCGCCCCCCUGCCCAGUCCCAGCCGCCCCGCUCCUGUCCCGGCCAGGCUCAGCUCCGCCCUGUUCCGGCCUCUGUACAGCAUCCAGGCACGACGACGCGAGACGAGAUGGCAGGCCUCGAACGGCCUCGCCGCCGCCCUCCGCCAGACCCCGUCGCCGUGCUCCGGGGCCACCGCGCCGCAGUCAACGACGCCUGCUUCCACCCCUCCCUCCCCCUCCUCUUCUCCGGCGCGGCCGACGGGGAGCUCAGGGCCUGGGACACCGCGAGCCACCGCACCGCUUCCUCUGUGUGGGCUCAUGCUGGGUCGGUGGGAGUGUAUUCUGUCGCUGCUGGUGCUGGACUUGGCAAUAAGAUAAUCAGCCAGGGCAGGGAUGGGACUUGUAAAUGUUGGGCGAUUGAAGAAGCUGGGCUUUCAAGGUAUCAUUUGCUCACGCUAUUUGAGUUCAAAAAACAACUCAUUUUUCUUCAGGAGAGGAAGCCACUACUUACAAUCAAAACAAGUACAUACCAUUUCUGCAAGAUGUCACUGGUGAAGUCUUCUUUUACACAUGCCACUGAAUCUGGCUCUAGCAGCUCAGCUAGUGACGUGGAACCACAAAUAGUGCCAACUGAAAAUGCAGAAUGCCAUGGUGUAAACCCUACAAUAGGCCCCCAAGAACAUGAUCAAUGCACUACCUCUAAUGGGCAUAAUAUGCUGGCAAUUGCUGGUCAAGAAUCCUCUCAGGUUGAGCUUUGGGACAUUACAAGUGCUAGAAAGAUCGUAACCUUGCCCCAAACAUGUAGUGCCAAUGCGACAGAUCAUCCUACUAAGAAAAAGGGACUAUGCAUGGCUGUGCAAGCUUUCAUCCCCCAUGAAUCCGCAGGCUACGUAAAUAUUUUGUCAAGUUAUGAAGAUGGAAGCACUCUUUGGUGGGAUGUACGAAAGCCUGGAUUACCUUUAUCUUCAGUGAAGUAUCAUUCAGAAUCAGCUUUAUCCAUUGCUAUUGAUGGAUUUUGCAAUGGUGGAAUCUCAGGAGGUGCUGAUGAUAAAGUAGUCAUGUUCACGCUCGACCAUCCAAAGGGCACAUUUAUUCUUAGGAAAGAAAUAGAACUCGAGCGACCGGGUAUUGCUGGCACAGCAAUUCGUCCAGACAACAAGAUCGCUGCAACCGCUGGCUGGGAUCACAGGAUUCGAGUGUACAACUACAACAAAGGAAAUGCUCUAGCCGUGUUGAAGUAUCACAGUGCUUCGUGCAAUGCAGUGACCUUCUCAUCUGACUGCAAGCUCAUGGCUUCCUGCUCGGCGGAUACCACGGUUGCGCUGUGGGACCUCUAUCCCCCAAAACCCCAAAGCAAAGCGGACAUCACAGAAACAGACGAGGCCUCCUGCUAGCUCAUGUAGUUUGGGCCUUCCUGAUACCUUCUGGCAGAAUUUUGGAGCUUCCGUGCAAUGAAAAUCUGAACUUGUCGCAACAGUGCAAGCGAUUUAUUCUUUUUCGUCAAAGAAAAGAGUAAGUUAUGAUGUGCCUUCCACAGGGAAACGCAAACGUAUGCAUGCAACUGUUGUUAGGAACGGUUCUCUUGAUUUCUUUAUUUUUCAUUGAAAUUCUACUCGGUUUCGUGGAACAGUUGUAGUGUCUCAAGAGCAUGAAAUUGAUUUAAAGGCAAGGCAGUUGAAGAACUGACUCUUUGAAUACUCAGAUGAUUGAUUUGAACAAAUUUCUGCAAA